AUGGCGACUGCCAGCAAUGUUACUCCCACUAAUUGCAGCUGGUGGCCUAUUUCAGCUAUAGACAACGAUGCGGGCAAAACCGACGAGGGCCAGGAGGAGCCCGAAGCCUCCAACCCCAGCCCCAAAUCCAAGGACAAGCUGGUGCUGUACCACUGGACCCAGUCAUUCAGCUCCCAGAAGAUUCGCCUGGUGAUCGCGGAGAAGGGGUUGCCUUGUGAGGAGCGCGAUGUGAGCCUACCCCUGGCAGAGCAGAAAGAGCCAUGGUUUAUGCGUCUGAACCUCGGGGAGGAGGUACCGGUGGUCAUUCACGGGGAUCACAUCAUCAGCGACUACAACCAGAUCAUUGACUAUGUGGAAAGCAAUUUUGUAGGAGAACUCAUUCCUCAGUUGAUACCAGAAUCUGGAAGCCUUCUACACUCCAGGGUCCUCCAAUACCGAGAGCUGCUGGAAAGCCUGCCCAUGGAUGCCUACACACAUGGAUGUAUUCUUCACCCAGAACUUACCAUAGAUUCUAUGAUCCCAAAGUAUGCCACCGCUGAGAUCCGACGACAUCUGGCCAAUGCCAGCACAGAACUCUUGAAACUCGACCACGAGGAGCACCACCUUACCGAGCCAUAUCUAUCCAAACAGAAAAAACUCAUGGCUAAAAUAUUGGAACAUGACAAUGUGAACAACUUGAAGAAAAUUCUCUUUGAGUUAGCCAUGGUCCUGGAUCAGAUUGAGGCUGAGCUGGAGAAGAGGAAAAUUGAAUAUGAAGGCCGGAAAUGUGAACUUUGGCUUUGUGGAAACAUGUUCACCUUAGCUGACAUACUUUUGGGAGCCACAUUACAUCGACUCAAGUUCCUUGGACUUUCCAAAAAACACUGGGAAGACGGGAGUAGACCAAACUUACAGUCCUACUUUGAGAGGAUACAGAAGCGCUAUGCAUUCCGGAGAGUGCUUGGAGACAUCCACACGACCCUGCUGUCUGCUGUCUUACCCAAUGCCUUCCGACUGGUGAAGCGAAAACCGCCAUCUUUCUUCGGGGCAUCUUUCCUCAUGGGCUCGCUGGGAGGAAUGGGAUAUUUUGCCUACUGGUAUUUGAAGAAGAAGAAGUACAUCUGA